GUCGACCUUCUUAACCCACAAGUAAGGAACAAAGAGAAAAGCUCCCCACUCAAAGUUCCCCACCAACGAUCCUCCGUGCUCACCGCCGCCGGCAUGCCAGAGGACGUGCAGAUGAGCGAGCAGCAGGCGGCACCUCCUGCCGCCGCCACAGCGGCCGCGCCGGCGCCUUCUACCCUCCACCAUCUGAAGGAGAUCGCAUCGGUGAUCGAGGCGGGGUCGCUGACCAAGGAGGUCCGCCGGAUCUCCCGCGCCGUCCGCCUCACCGUCGCCCUACGUCGCCGCCUCGGACAUCGCGAUGUUUCCGCCUUCCUCGCCUUCGCGCUCCCCGCCUCCACUGAAGCAUACGCCCGCCUCACCUCCCUCCUUCCCAAGGAAGAUGACACUGAGAUGGAUCUUGAUGCAACGGCUCAAGCAACUCAGAUUUCAAUCAAGCAUGGCCUUCCUGAGAUUGAAAUAUAUUGCUAUUUGCUUGUUCUGAUUUUCCUCAUUGAUCAGAAGAAAUACGACGAGGCUAAAGCAUGUGCAACUACAAGCAUUGCUCGUCUGAAGAAUAUGAACAGGAGAACUGUUGAUGUUCUGGCUUCUAGACUGUAUUUCUAUUAUUCAUAUGUGCAUGAACUAACCAACAGCCUUGCUGAAAUUCGUGGGAAUCUCCUUGCAUUACAUAGAAUGGCAACUCUACACCGUGAUGAACUUGGUCAGGAAACUCUGCUCAACCUGCUUCUCCGCAAUUACCUCCACUAUAACUUGUAUGACCAGGCAGAAAAACUUAGGUCGAAGGCACCGCGUUUUGAAGCGCAUUCCAACCAGCAAUUCUGCCGCUACCUCUUCUACUUGGGGAAAAUCAGAACAAUUCAGUUGGAGUACACUGAUGCUAAAGAGAGCCUCCUGCAAGCUGCUCGGAAGGCACCAACGGCAGCUCGUGGUUUUCGGAUUCAAUGCAAUAAAUGGGCUAUCAUAGUUAGGCUGCUUCUUGGGGAGAUCCCGGAAAGGACUGUUUUCAUGCAGAAAGGAAUGAAGAAAGCGCUGACACCGUAUUUUGAGCUUACAAAUGCGGUCAGGAUUGGGGAUUUGGAAUUGUUCAGAACUGUUGCUGACAAAUUUGCAAGCACUUUCAGUGCAGACAGGACUCGCAAUUUGAUUGUGAGGUUGCGCCACAAUGUUAUUCGAACUGGAUUACGCAAUAUUAGCAUUUCAUACUCACGGAUCUCCCUUGCUGAUAUUGCAAAGAAGCUAAGGCUAGACUCUCAGAAUCCUGUUGCCGAUGCAGAGUGCAUUGUAUCCAAGGCCAUAAGAGAUGGUGCAAUUGAUGCCACCAUAGAUCAUGCCAAUGGCUGGAUGGUGUCGAAAGAAACUGGGGAUGUCUACUCAACAAAUGAGCCCCAGGUUGCAUUCAACUCCAGGAUUGCAUUCUGCCUCAACAUGCAUAAUGAAGCGGUAAAGGCGAUGAGGUUCCCACCAAAUUCUCACAAGGAAAAGGAGAGUGCUGAGAAGCGUCGUGAGAGGCUCCAGCAGGAGGAGGAGCUGGCAAAACACAUGGCUGAGGAGGAUGAUGAUGAUUUUUAAGCUGGACUUUUUCUUUUCUUCUGGAAUGGUCGACUUUGGAGCCCGAAAUCAUCAAUGUUCUCUUGCGGGGAUGUUUGAAUCAUGUAUACUUUUUCCUGUGUCUUCUGUAACUUUAUGUUGAUCAGAGUUUUAUUGAACUCCAAAUGUGCCUAGAUUUUAAUUUGCUUUUAUCCACACCUCGAAUGUUUCGAGGAUUACUGUACCAUGCAAAAAGUGCGCCUUAAUCACUUGUGACUUUUGGUACGUCCCUUUUCUUACUGACACAUGUAAUGUACUUUCUUCUCUUGGUAUUUUUGUCACCUUU